UUGAUCAUAGGAUCACAAACUGAGAAGUAGUCAUCUGGCUCCUAGAAAUAAACACGUUCAGUCCCUCUGCCACAACGUUACUUCCUUAAUGAUAGAAUGCAACAGCCAUUUUAAGUCCUUUUAAUCUUUUCAGACACCGUACUUUUUAACUUUUGAGUAAUUUUUACUAUUAUUUUUUCGCUUGAGAUGACGGUAAAUUGCAUUUGACCUUGGACUGGCAGCGUUUGGGAUUGCCCACAGAACUGAUUCACCACUUUCCUCCAAAAGCCUUCUGGUGCCAUGGCAGCCUUGCAGGUCCAUUUCUUGCUGGUUCCAUCCCUCAUGAGCAUCCUGGGAGCAGCACAGUAUGUGAUGCAGGAUGCAGCCCUGCUGAGCUACAUUGACCAGCGUUUUCUGUCUCUGGAGAGGAGGCUGGAGAAGUGCAGCCAAGACCUGCUGGAAUACGUGGAUGAAUUCAGGGAGCUCUCCAAGGCGGCGCUGGCCCGCCUGGCAAGGCUGAGCACCGACAAGGCUGAGCUCAAGGAGGAGGUGGAGAAUCUGCUCACGAGGGUCGAGCGCGCCCAGAGGGACAUCGACUAUUUAGGAUCUAUCACGGAUUCCAACGCCUGCGUGGAAGUGCACGAGGACCUGCUGAAACAGCAGCUGCUGGAAGAGGCAGAGGAGAAAAAGAGGCUUAAACUCAUGCUUAACGCAAGCUGUGACCACAUGCUUGCAGGUAUUAGGUCCCUGAAGGUGGUUAAGAAGACUGGAGGAAAGCACGGCUCUUGGAUGAAAGACCCCGGCAAAAAGCACGCCAAGAUUUAUUUAUUAAGCGGCUCUGUGAAUAACGUGGUUUUGGAAUUUGCGAAUAUCAUGGCUUUCAUGGAGAACAACCAGACUCUGAAGGCUCGCAGAGUGCCCUUGCCAGUGCCCUGGGAAGGAACUGGCCACGUCAUCUACCAGGGCUUCCUCUUCUACCACAGGCACGGCUCCUUGAACGAGAUCGUGAAGUUCCACCUCCAGAGAAGGAGCGUGGCUGACCAGAUGCUGCUGCCAGGGGCUGGGAGGGUUCCUGCCUACCAGCUCUCUCCACAGACAAAGAUAGACCUGGCUCUGGAUGAGCAGGGGCUGUGGGCCCUCCACGCAGAGCCAGAGACCGGGGGGAACAUUGUCCUCACCAAAAUCAACCCCGUGGCCAUGGCGGUGGAGCACAGCUGGGACACGCCGUGCAGCAGCAGGGAUGCUGAGGCAGCUUUCAUGGCCUGCAACACCCUGCACGUGGUCUACAACUCUCCUUCUGGGGGCUCCUCCCGCAUCCAGUGCGUUUAUGACAUUUUGGGGGCUCUGAGUGCUCACACAAACCCAGGACUGCAUUUCCCAAAACGCCAGGGUGGCCACUCCAGCGUGCACUACAAUCCUAAAGAGAAGCAGCUCUUCGCUUGGGGUGAUGGGUCCCAGAUCAUUUACAAACUUCACACAGAGAAGAAAGUUUAAAACAUUCAGCAGCUUUUUAAGCAGCCCUAAAAGCCACCAGUCCCAGGUGAACACAGCCUUUUAUGUGUAUUAAAGUUGCAUUAUACCCAGCUGUUACAACUUUCAUCCAUUUUACGUAACUCAAGACUUAUGUACCCCAGUAAUCUUAAAGCCCAAUAAAGAAUAUGUGAAGACUGAAUGAAUAUAAAUUACAUGAUGACUAAAUGCCACACAUACACAACCCCUCCUGCCACCCCACCCCCAAAUUAAAGUUUAAGGUUAAUUUGAAAAAAAAAAAAAUAGCCCAUUUCUGACACCUUCUCUUCCUACUGAAACUAUGUUUUCUGUUUCAAUGCCAUGGAAAUCAAAUCAGAAAUCCUUCCUGUCCAAAAUACAGUCUGACACCCUUUCCUAGUCUGAAGAUCCCUAUAGAAAGCCUUUUAGUAAGCAAUAUAAAAUCACAUGCUUCCAGAGAAAUUAGAUAUCAGUUUUAACAGGAGAGGUUUAUUUUACCUACACAAAGUGUAGGAAUAGGCAGCCCCACAAACAUGGUUUAUAUUUAACAUAGAACUCUCAUACAUCACAUCAAGGCUACUCCUGUUCAUUGAACCUCUAGUGUUUCCAUGAAAAUUCCACACUUCCUAUCCAUAUAGCUGUAGAGACCACUGUGGAUCCUGCCAGUAUAUUAGCUGCAGCCAAAUAUUCACUUUUUUCAGCUUCAAGGCACCACUUUUCACUAUUUUGGAGCAUAUCGCUGUUUGCGUGUCAGAAGGAAUGUUCCUAGGUGAGCUCUUCUGGGUCACACACCACUUUGGAAGGUUUUACGUGUCACUUUUUGUUGUUAUUGUCACUAGGUCUCUUUCAGCAUCUACUUGUGAGGCAUUUGCCCCAAUGUUUCAGCUCCUAUUGGUUACAGCAGAAUCUUUCUCAUCCCAUCCUCCAUCUCCAGGAAAAGGUGGCUCAGGUGAGCAGGGCAUGGCACUGCUCAGUCCUGGGUUUGGGAAUCACAGACAGGCUCUAGGUAUUUUUGUUUCAAAAAUAAUGUUUAAAAUGUUCAAUAAUGUUUAAAAAAGGCUUUUAAUGUUAAAUACAGGUAUAGAUUGUGUUUUUUCAUUUAUUUUAACGACAGCUGCAUGUCUAAUAGCAAACAAACAAACACACAAAAAAAAAAAAAAACCCUCUGAAAAACCACAAAUAAUGGUACUUGAAAAGCAGUCCACAGCUGUUGCUACAGAAAAACCCAUUUUGUUCAUUACACUGAGAGAGCUGUUGUUCUGUUUAAAAAUAGCUUCCAGAGAACAGCCAGACAUCAGGGAAUGAUUUUGAAAAGGAGUUCCAGAGCACAAUUAGGAGUGUAUAGACUGCUGGGCUGCACCAGUGACACUCUGCCUUUGUCACCCUGAGCAGGGCUAGUGAGUGGGGCACAGCAGACAGAGGGUGCACAGCCACAGACACCCCCAGGCUGCCAGGGGCGUGGGCUGGCACUGCUUUCCUGGCUCAAAGGCACAAUUUGGCCUUUUAUUCCUCCUCUGUAAAAUUACAAACAUGUAAACGCCUGAAAAUGGUAUCAGCCGCCUCUGUGAGAACUUUUACUGGAAAUUACAUGUAACUUCCUUUAUUUAAGAAAUAAAG